CCAACCCAAGGACCUAGGAGACGCACCUUUGGGACCGUUAGCCCAACGCCCCGUAUUUUGUCAAGCAAGGGAGAAUGCACAAUGGCUGGACCUAUAGAGACCUUCGUAACGGUCCCCGGGGCCAGGUCUUCAUAGUCAACUCUUGCCCUUUAGUUCUUGGAACCAAAAAGUUGGUAAAAUUUCCAGUGACUUUGGUGCAGACAACAACAUCGGCAUCAGAGGACUCCAUUUAGAUCAGCCACGGCAACUUCUCCCCAUGGACUCAUCCAAGAAGACAGAGGUGGUUCUCCUGGCCUGCGGUUCUUUUAACCCAAUCACCAACAUGCACCUCAGGCUGUUUGAGCUGGCCAAGGACUAUCUGAACGCUACAGGAGAAUACAAAGUUAUCAAAGGCAUCAUCUCACCGGUCGGUGAUGCAUACAAGAAGAAAGGACUCAUCCCAGCCCACCACCGAAUCAUCAUGGCGGAACUUGCCACCAAGAAUUCACACUGGGUGGAAGUGGACACUUGGGAAAGCCUUCAGAAGGAGUGGGUGGAGACCGUGAAGGUGCUCAGACACCAUCAGGAGAAGCUGGCAACUGGCAGCCGCAGUCACCCGCAAAGCUCACCUGUGCUGGAAAGGCCUGGGCGGAAGAGGAAGUGGGCUGAUCAAAAGCAAGAUUCUAGCCCACAGAAGCCCCAAGAACCCAAACCAACAGGUGUGCCCAGGGUGAAAUUGCUGUGUGGCGCAGACUUGCUGGAGUCCUUCAGCGUGCCCAACUUGUGGAAGAUGGAGGACAUCACGCAAAUCGUGGCCAACUUUGGGCUCAUCUGUGUCACUCGGGCUGGCAGUGACGCUCAGAAAUUCAUCUACGAGUCCGACGUGCUGUGGCGACACCAGAGCAACAUCCAUCUGGUGACCGAGUGGAUCACCAAUGACAUCUCAUCCACCAAGAUCCGCAGAGCGCUCAGGAGGGGCCAGAGCAUCCGCUACUUGGUGCCGGACCUCGUCCAAGAGUACAUCGAGGAGCAUGAUCUGUACAACUCUGAGAGCGAAGACCGGAAUGCCGGGGUCACCCUGGCGCCUCUGCAGAGGAACACCGCGGAGGCCAAACACAACCAUUCCACCCGAUGACACCCCGCGACGUCCGAUGUUCCUCUCCAGGCCCAAAACAAUUGGUGUUAGUAACUCAGGGAAGGACUUGCCAUCCUGUUUUAUAAACUGAAAUUUAAAGGUUUGAUUAAAAAAACCAACAGGGAAUUAAGAUCAGUUACUGAGAUGAAUGUUCUAAAUAAGACCAUAUAAAAAAAGGAUGCAAUACACCUUUAAAAUAACAGCUCCUUCACUAAAAUGAGAUGUCAAUGAUGCUUUCUCUAAAUACAUUUUUCAAGAAAGGACCCAGUGCUGUGCUCUACCACUCAAGAGGCCGGAGACAUAGUUCCGAGGUUAAGAGCACGGACUGCCCUUCCAGAGCAUUCAGAUUCAGCUCCCAGCACCUGCAAGGCAGCUCACAACUGUCUGUAACUCCAGUCCCAGGGGAUCCGAUGCACUCUCUGUCCCCUAUGGGCUGUAGGCCACAAAUGGUGCAUAGACAGACAUACAGGCAAAAGAUACAUACAUACACACACUUACAGAUACACGCACAGGUACACACAGACACAUACACACUCACACACGCACAGAUACACACACACACACACACACACACACACACACACACACACACAGAAGAACCUCACUUUAACCAGACUCCAUGAUGGCCACCUGCAGCCCCAGCUGCACCAGGAGCUGACGUAGGAGAAUCACUUUGAACCCAGGAGUCUGAGAUGACCCUAGACAACAUGGACCCUUUCUGAAAACAAAAACAAAACAGAAUCCUAGCUCUAGUCAUGAAGAGAGCUGUUCAUGGCUGGUGCCAGCCAUCUUUAUCCAGAGUAGAAGAAGGAAGAAAUUCUUUACGACGUGACCUUGGCUGGGCAUGCAGCUCGGUCGGUAGAGUAUUGGCCCGCAGGCCCGAGGCCCUGGGUUAGAUCCCCGGAGCCACAUUGACUGGGCUCGGCAGUGCACACCUGUGAUCCUGGCACUCAGGAGAUCGAAGCAGAAGGGUCAAAAGCUCGAGGUCAUCCUUGACAACCAGCAAGUUUGAGGCCGUCAAGAGAUGCCAAAGACCCCUUCUCUAAAUUAAACAAAUAAAUAAAUGACCCUGUAAAAUGCA